CAUCGAUGGGUCCUCUCCCCGGCGAUUACAGCCCCAUUCCAGAGGAUUCUCAGGCUGAAGAGAUGACAGUAGAGGAGGCUGAAACGACACAAGAGCUACAGUUCAGCAGUUUUACUGCAAAGGACUUUCGCCGGAUUAAGGUUUUAGGCAGAGGAAGCUUCGGCAAGGUAACUGAUUCAGUCUCUAAUUAGGACUUGGAUCUUUAGCAGCAUAUACAGGGUAACAAUGACACUAAACUCACUUUCUAAUUCCAGGUUCUACUAGUAGAGUAUCUUCCAGCAAACAUCUAUUGUGCUAUUAAAGUGCUCAAGAAGGACAACAUCGACUCCACUGAUGAUAUAGAACACAUUUUAACAGAGAAGCAAAUUGGACAGUUGGUGAAUCCACACAGUUUUAUAGUGGACUUAUACGCCACAUUCAGCACCAAAAACCAGCUGUUUUUCAUCAUGGAGUUUGUGGCAGGAGGCAGUUUAAGAACCCACCUGAUGAGGAGCAAGCACUUUGAUCUACAGACAACCAAGUUCUACGCUGCUUGUAUAACACUUGGUUUAGAAGGAAUUCACAGCAAGGACGUCAUACACAGAGAUUUAAAGCCGGGGAAUCUACUUAUGGAUCAAGACGGCUACAUCAAGAUCGCCGAUUUUGGGAUGAGCAAAACUGGCAUUGGAUAUGGAGACCGCACCAACACCAUGGUUGGGAGUCCUGCUUAUAUGGCGCCCGAAGUCGUGAUGGAGGAGGAGUACUCAAGAGCCGUCGACUGGUGGGCUCUUGGCGUCAUCGUUUAUGAGAUGCUCCUCGGAACGAGACCUUUCACCGGAUACGACAGGGACUUUAUAUACGAUUCCAUCGUGGAGGAUGAGCCACACUACCCCUCAUCCCUGGACUCCGAAGCAGUAAGCUUCAUAUCACAGCUGUUGAAGAAGAAUCCUGAGGAGAGGCUAGGUUCCACCCCAGGGGAUGCCGCAGAUGUAGCAGAACAUCCAUUCUUUAAUGGCAUUGUCUGGGAUGAUAUUAUCGAGAAGAACGUAACAGCGCCGUUCGUACCCAGCCUAAAUGGACCGGAGGAUGUGGGGUAUUUCGAUGAGGAGUUCACCAAACUGUCUGCGAAUCUGACCCAGCCCAAAGGACCCCCUGCUGAGAUGGCAAGCGAGAUCGAUGAAGCCUUUCUGGACUUUAACUAUGCAGCAUUUUAAGUCCAAAGGGGAUGAUGGGUAAGAAAAGACCUAAUUAAAAAUACACGAA